ACUUCCAUGAUUUACUUGGCAGAUCUUUCUUUCAGCAUUCAAGGAAGGAUGUAUAUGUGAUGCAUGAUUUGAUACACGAUCUAGUACAAUCUGUCUCAGUCCAUGUACAUGUAAGAAUAGAAGAUGAAAAGUGGCCGGAAAUCCCCAGUAGGCUUCGACACCUAUCAAUAUCACUAAGAAUCUAGAGCCGAGUAAGCUAAUGGACUUUGGCAAGUAUAAGAAUCUACGCACCCUUAUCUUCGACAAUGUGUAUGAUACAAACUUUUGUUCUGUGCUUGAUUGCUUGUUCACAGUGUCAACAAAGAUCCGUGUGUUGAAAUUGUGGAGUUAUAGGAUAAAAGAGUUGCCUGAAAAUAUUGGCAACCUAAAACAUCUUCGAUACCUUGAUAUCUCUUCCACCAAUAUUCGAAGGUUGCCUGAAUCACUGUGUAACCUUUACAAUCUUCAGGUGUUAAAUAUAUCUGGCUGCCCAAUUGAGAAUUUUCCUACAUGCGUGACCAACUUAGUUAAAUUGAGGGAGCUUAAAGCAGAUGAGGACACAAUUUGCAAGUUGGCUGAUAUCGGCAAGUUAACGUCUCUCCAAGAGUUGCGGGUAUUCAAAGUUGUAAAGCAGAGAGGGCACAAGAUUGAAGAGUUAAAGGACAUGAUACAGCUUCAUGGAAGAAUUUGCAUUAAAAAUCUUGAGAGCAUCGAAAGCAAGGAAGAGGCCAGUCAGGCUAAGCUGAAUAAUAAACAGUGCCUUGACGAAUUGGCCUUGGUAUGGAACAUUGAUAGAGGCAUCAGCUCAGGGAACGAUGAUGAGGUACUUGAAGGCCUCAAACCACAUUGCAAUCUCCGAAGGCUGGAAAUCAGAAACUAUGGUGGUGUCCGAUUUCCAAGUUGGCUGGAGCCACAAUCGCUCAAAAAUUUGAAAGCUAUUUGCCUAGAAAAUAUGCAAAGCUGCGCGCAACUUCCAUCUCUUGUUCAACUCCCACUCCUCGAGAUUCUGCGCAUCACAAACUGCCCCACGCUAAGGGGUUUAGCCUGCCUCCCUCCCUCGCUCAGAGAAUUGUCCCUAGAGAAUGUGGGAAUAGAUAUGCUCCCAGAAUCAUGGGACGGAGACCAUGGUUUUACUGAUGAGAGCAGUAUGACACAGCACAGCAGAAGCAGCAGCAAGACCUCUUCAAUUUCUCACAUGCGCAUCUGCCGGUGUCCAAACCUGGUAAAUCUGGAACAAUGGCUGUUGUCACACCACCCGCCGGCUAUCAGGUUCUUGAGGAUUAUUGACUGCCAAAAGGUUGUGCGGUUGCCAAUGGAGAGGUUUAAAGACUUUCUCUCCCUCGAGUAUUUGACAAUCAUGGACUGUCCCUUGCUCCCAUCCCCAGUGCAGCUGAUCCUUCCCUCUUCUCUCCAAGAGCUUACAUUGGAUUCAUGUGGUCAUCUGGAUGAGUCACUACCCGGCUGCCUGCACAACCUCACCUCUCUCACCUGGUUGAAGUUAAACCGCUGCCCACACGUAACAUCUCUUCCAGGAGAAGUGCUCGGUCACAUGAUUGCUCUCAGAGUUUUGAUUAUUCGGGACUGCGGAGAACUGAGGUCCCUAGGGAACUUACGAGCUCUCAGAUCUCUUGAAACUUUGCAUAUAGGAAGAUGUCCUCGGCUCACGGUAUUAGCAAAUGAGGAAGAGCAGGGCGAGGGUUCGGCACGUCUUCUCUUCCUGCACACCGACGACACUGCCCUGGUCAAAGUGCUGUUCUCCACAAUCACCCCGCCCUCACUUGAAGCACUCGAAAUCAUUGACUCAACUGAACUCAUUUUGUUCGCUGGAGAGGAGCAAUUAUGGCUGCAAGGACUCAAAUCUCUCAGAUGGCUACGCCUUGUAAAUUGCAACAAUCUUCAGUCCCUGCCAACUGAGUUGCAAAGCCUUUCCACCCUCCGACUUUUGGAGAUAACAAAUUGCCCUGAGAUCCGCUCGCUGCCAGAAAAGGGCCUGCCUUCAUCCCUAGAAAAGUUACAUUUCGAUAAUUGUCAUCCGGUGCUGACAGCGCAAUUGCAAAGUCACAGGGAAAUGAUGAAAAAGUCGCAUAACGUGAUCUCGUAGCCUACCGAGACAGGGUCUCCGUCCAUUGCUGACACAGAAGUUCCACGGUAUUCAACUCUCUCUCGCAUGGUGCUGCCGAACCAACUCUCCACGUUACGCCGAUUCUCUUGUAACAUGUGCCUGGAAUAUAUUUUUGUGCAAACAGAUGGCCGUUGCUCUUUUGUACUUAGCCUGCGUAGCAAAUGGGUUGCUUCUUAAAACGCGAAAAAUGGAUUGUUUGUAUUUAUGAUGAACUGCAGUGCUUGUAAAUUAAUGUAGACUGAUGAUUUACAGCAGAAGGGAGCAAGAAUGUACCAUCUCUGCAAGUACGCAUUUUUAUGCA